UGUGCCUGUACAUUUCGAGCAUGGCGGAGAAGAGAACCAGUGACUAUUAUACUAUGUGGCUUCUUCUAGCUGGGAUCGUGCUGCUGGUGUGUGCUGCAGAUGCCACACCAGUUGGCGGCAGAACAGUUCCCGAUUUUGGAAAGAUGUAUCAUGUCAAAGGUGAACUCUCUCUGCCACAUUCUGAGCUAGAAGAAUCGUUUGAAGCUUGGUACGACCUUGAAAGGAACAGAAGUCGAAUCGACUAUCAUAAUGGCAAAGUGUGUACCUAUCUGAUUGGAAAUGACUUGGACUAUGGUGCCAUUUAUGAGAUCACACCAGUCACCAAUGAAACCGAAAUCCAAGCUAUUAAGUUUUUCCAGCUUACCGGUACCAAGGAGAAUCCAAUACGUCCACAGGCAGCACUGCCUGAUCUGCAGGGUUUUGAAUUUGAAAAGAUGGAGAAUUACAAAGAUGAUCUGUGUGAGGUCUGGAAAAAAGUCACACAGGUUGGCCAUAAGCAGAACACGUAUCGUCUGUGGGUCACACGUUCAGAAGGAAGUGAUUCUCCAGCCACCCCACACCGCUUUGUGAUGGUGGGCUUCAACACUCUGUUGGAGUCCCACAAUGACAAAUACACUAUUGACUACAGUGAUUUCAGCCCACAAACUGAGUCUGACAUUUUCACACCACCUGAAGGAAUGACUUGGGGAGAAUUUCCUGAUUCUGUUGAGGAGCAUCAAAUAUUGGCCAACCCCCUUCAAGACUAUGUCAGCACCUCCCCUGUUAGCCACGCCCACCGUCUGUUUGGCCCCUUUAAGGAGAAGUUUAAUCGUCAGUAUGAAAGUGAGAAGGAGCACGAGGAGCGUGAGAACUACUUUAUACAUUCUCUUCGGUUUGUGCACUCUAUGAACAGAGCUGGUCUUACAUACAGUCUAGGUAUCAAUCACUUCUCUGAUUGGUCAAAAGCAGAGUUGGCCAGGAUGACAGGCGGUUUAAGGAUUCCAGAUCAGCAAAAGGAUGAUACAGAAUAUUAGUUUGUCAUGCAAAUGUAAUGGGGGAAAAAUGUAUACGUUUUCUCAAAAUCUGCAUAAAACAGAAGUUGAAAUCAUCUUUUCUUCCGUGUUCCCAACUGUUUAGAUUAGGACUUUAUUUUGUCCAUCAUAAAUUGAUUGGAUCAAUGGAUUGUUGUUAUUUGCUAUUGCUAUGAUCUCAUGUUACUAGUUUCAGCAGACAAAAACUCAAUAAAACAGUUUUGAAAUAUAAUUAAUAUAUUAAAAUAUAAUUAAUAUAAUUAAUUAAUUAAUAUAUUCAUUUGAAUAAUUCCCUUAGCGCUAUUUUACAACCUCCCAGCCUUUCUGUCCUGUUUCAACUCAAAACGAAACUACUCUGCUGUGUGCACCUGAGACUGUUAAUGAAAACUGUGCUUUAUGCUGGACCAUAUUCAUUUAUCGCCAGUUGUUCAAAUCGCAGUAAUCUAAUAUGGUUUUAAUGAUAAUAAUGGUAAUACUAAGUGUGGGGAAUUUUAUCAUAAUUUAUCGUCAAACCGGUAAUGGUUACAUCCCUACUGCAUUAUCUAAUCGACUGGGAAGGAUAUGGCCUAGAGCCCCCUUCUUCAAAUCUUACCCUGGAGGUCCAAUGCACUGCAGAGUUUAGCUCCAACCCUGGUCAAAGUCACCUGCCUGUGAUUUUCUAAUGAUCCCAAAGACAUUGAUUGGCAUUGAUUAGCAUGCUCAGGUGUGUUUGAUUAGGGUUAGAUCUAAACUCUGCUGGAAAGUGGAUCUCGAGGUCCAGAUUUGAGGAACCCUGGCCUAGAGCAAAAGGUCCUGGUCAAGCCCAUCCAAAUCGACCCACACCUCGUUCCCGUGGAAGGCCUCGGCGUAGAUCUACCCCCUCGCUUCCGGAGCCACUCACAGGGGAAGUGCUCUGUCUUGAAUCAGACCGAUGGUCACCAUAGGGCACCCUCACCCAAGUAUUAUUAACCUUCACCCUGGAGUCCAUUUCCCAUAACCCUGUACUGGACUGAUUACCUGCACAGGUGUUGCUCAUUACUGGCCUGUUUAACCAGCAUUCUCACUCACACGCACUGUAAAGUCUUGUUUUGCCCCGGCUUACAUUUCUGAGUAUUUUCCCUACCAUUCUGAGUUUAUUCCUUUACAUGACCCUGGACAGUUUGUUUCUCUGUCUUCUGCCCUUGUUAUCUUGCCUUCUGGAACUCUGAUUGUUUGCUGGUUGCCCUGACUUCUGUCUGGUAUAGUUUCUGUUCCCGUCUUGCCGCUGACAUUCCUGCCACUGUUGAUUUAACUAUUGCCUGUUGUUGACCUUUAUUUAUUCAAUAAAGUGCUGCAAAUGGA